AUGGACGCCUCACGCGGCCCUCCGAGGGUCAAGAACAAGCAAGCCGCCGAUAUCCAAAUCUCCGCCGAACAUUUGCUUCGUGAAGCCGUCGACCGGCAGGAACCCAAGCUCCAAACUCCCACCCAGCGGUUCGCCGAUCUCGAAGAACUCCAUGAGUUCCAGGGGCGGAAGCGGAAGGAGUUCGAGGACUAUGUCCGCCGGAACCGCCUGAACAUGGGCAACUGGAUGCGGUACGCGCAAUGGGAACUGGAGCAGAAAGAGUUCCGGAGAGCGCGGUCCGUCUUCGAGCGCGCGCUGGAUGUGGAACCGGCGAGUGUGGUCUUGUGGAUUCGGUAUAUCGAGGCGGAGAUGAGGAACCGGAACAUCAAUCAUGCUCGAAAUCUCCUCGAUCGCGCCGUGACGAUCCAGCCCCGUGUGGACAAGCUCUGGUACAAAUUUGUGUACAUGGAGGAGACCCUGGGGAAUAUCCCGGGGACACGGCAGGUGUUCGAGCGGUGGAUGUCGUGGGAGCCGGAUGAGGCGGCGUGGAGCGCAUACAUCAAGCUCGAGAAACGGUACGGAGAGUUCGAUCGUGCACGGGCGAUCUUCGAGCGGUUCACCAUCGUCCACCCCGAGCCGAAGAAUUGGAUCAAAUGGGCGAGAUUCGAGGAAGAAAACGGGACGAGUGACCUGGUACGAGACGUCUACGGGAACGCCAUCAGCGCUCUCGGAGAUCAUUUUAUGGAUGAGAAACUCUUCAUGGCGUACGCGAGGUUUGAAACGAAGCUGAAGGAAUACGAACGUACCCGGGCUAUUUACAAAUAUGCUCUAGACCGGAUGCCACGAUCGAAAUCGAUGACCCUUCACAAAUCCUACACCCAGUUCGAGAAGCAAUUCGGUGACCAGGAAGGCGUGGAGGACGUGGUCAUUGCGAAGCGAAGGGUUCAAUACGAGGACCAAGUGAAGGAGAACCCGAAGAACUACGACGCUUGGUUCGAUUUUGCUAGACUGGAGGAGAGCUCAGGGGACCUGGAGCGGAUACGCGACGUUUACGAGCGAGCCAUUGCUCAACUGCCACCGACUCAGGAGAAACGCCAUUGGAGAAGAUACAUCUACUUGUGGAUAUUCUACGCUUUAUGGGAAGAGAUGGAGAACCGGGACGUCGAGAGGUCACGGCAAAUAUAUCAAGAAUGCCUCAAGUUAAUACCGCACAAGAAGUUCACCUUCGCCAAGAUCUGGCUGAUGAAGGCCCAAUUCGAGGUGCGGCAGAUGCAACUGCAGACCGCACGGAAAACAUUGGGUCAAGCGAUCGGGAUGUGCCCGAAGGACAAGCUGUUCCGGGGCUACAUCGAGCUGGAGCUCAAGUUGUUCGAGUUCGUGCGAUGCCGGACGCUGUACGAGAAGCACAUCGAGUGGAACCCGUCCAACAGCCAGGCUUGGAUCAAAUUCGCAGAGCUGGAGAGGGGCCUGGACGACUUGGAACGGGCACGCGCGAUCUUCGAGCUGGCAGUCAACCAAGAUCCGCUGGAUAUGCCGGAGUUGGUCUGGAAGGCCUACAUCGACUUUGAGGAGGAGGAAGGCGAGUACGAUCGGACACGAGAGCUCUACGAGCGCCUGUUGGAGAAGACCGAUCACGUCAAAGUCUGGACCAGCUAUGCGCACUUUGAAAUCAACAUUCCGGAGGAGGGCGAAGAGGAGACGGAGGAGGAGACACCGGUGAGCGAAGCGGCGAAGGUGAGGGCAAGGAAGGUGUUCGAAAGGGCACUAAAGAGCAUGAAGGAGAAGGAUCUCAAAGAAGAGCGCGUCGCCAUCCUGAAUGCCUGGAAGUCGUUCGAGAACACUCACGGCUUGGCGGAGGAUAUCGAGAAGGUGGAGAAGCAGAUGCCCCGUCGGGUAAAGCGACGGAGGAAGCUGGACGACGAUUCGUUUGAAGAGUACAUGGACUACCUCUUCCCCGCCGACGACGAGCGGGAGGCGAACAUGUCGAAGCUACUCCAGAUGGCUCACAAAUGGAAACAGGAGAAGGCUCAGGAGAAUGGGGGGGAACCGUAG